UCUCGCGCUCAGUCGUUAUCGGGACGUCACUCGGGAAGCACGCGCCAUGACGGAGGACCGGCCUGCGGAAGGCGAAAUUGUCAGGUGUCAGCUGUUCGAGGUGGGGCCGCGCUACUUCAACCUCGCCUACAUAGGGGAAGGAGCGUACGGCAUGGUGGUGUCUGCAAAUGAUAAUGUGACCAAAACUAAGGUAGCAAUCAAGAAGAUAUCCCCCUUUGAACAUCAGACAUACUGUCAGAGAACACUUCGGGAGAUCAAAAUUCUAACAAGGUUCAAGCAUGAAAAUGUAAUAGACAUCCGUGAUAUAAUACGAGCCCAGAGCAUAGAUCAAAUGAAGGAUGUUUAUAUUGUUCAGUGUCUUAUGGAGACUGACUUGUACAAGUUACUUAAAUCUCAGAAACUGAGUAAUGACCACAUUUGCUACUUCCUUUAUCAAAUUCUUCGAGGGUUGAAGUACAUCCACUCGGCAAAUGUUCUUCACCGUGACCUGAAGCCUUCUAAUUUGCUGCUAAAUACCACAUGUGACCUGAAGAUCUGUGACUUUGGCUUGGCUCGUGUGGCUGAUCCAGAGCACGACCACACAGGUUUCCUGACUGAGUAUGUUGCAACUCGUUGGUACCGUGCACCUGAGAUCAUGCUGAACUCUAAGGGCUACACAAAGUCUAUUGACAUCUGGUCGGUAGGAUGUAUUCUAGCAGAAAUGUUAUCCAACCGUCCACUGUUCCCGGGCAAGCAUUACCUGGACCAGCUCAACCACAUUCUGGGUAUCCUUGGUUCUCCAUGCCAAGAAGAUCUGGAUUGUAUCAUCAAUGAGAAGGCUAGAAGUUAUCUCCAGUCUCUACCAAACAAGCCAAAGGUGCCAUGGACAAAGCUGUAUCCCAAUGCUGACCCAAAAGCCUUGGAUUUGUUGGACAAAAUGCUGACCUUCAACCCCCACAAGCGCAUCACUGUGGAGGAGGCUCUAGCACACCCAUACUUAGAGCAGUAUUAUGACCCAGCUGAUGAGCCUGUUGCUGAAGAACCAUUUAAAUUUGAGAUGGAACUUGAUGACCUGCCAAAGGAAAAGCUCAAGGAAUUAAUUUUUGAAGAAACUGUACUCUUUAAGCAGAGGCUUGCAACAGAACAGGCUAUGCAGCAGAACUGAAUACAAAGACAUGGCUUAGCAUUAUUACAAGAGACGAGGGGUACAUUCUAGAGGAGACCUACUGAUUGGUGGCAUUCAUCUUUGGAAUACUACAAGGAAUCGUUCAAUAGUCCCAGAAGGGAGACCACCUGUCUGCAGAAUAAGUGUAUGUGAUAAAGUGCUUUAUCAUAAAAAUCAGUUGGAAAAAAUAUAUAGGAAUAAGACUUAAAACA